AUGGCGGCGUCGUGGGCGCGGCAGUUUCGCGCCACGCUUCGACGCAACCUACUCAUCAAAUGGCGCGACGGCUCGCAGACCCUCCAGGAGAUAUUCCUGCCGGUGAGUGAGCACGAGAGGAUUCGGAUAGGAUCUCUGCUGCCUGUCGGGAUUUCGAGACUGCUUUUGAGUCGAUUCAAAAGCGACGGCUCGCAGACCCUUCAGGAGAUCUUCCUCCCGGUGUACAUCAUAGUGCUGCUGAUCAUAGUGAAGGUGCUGCAGCCGGACGCCACGUUCCCCGCGGAGCCCGUGGGAGACGUGGUGGACCCCAUGUGCUACGCCUCUGACGCCCGCACGCGGUGCUACCCCGUGCGCGACAUAGUUGCUGCCACCACUAUUGGAUACAUUCCAGACAAUCCGCUCGUUCGCAGCGUCAUGGACAGGGCUGUAACUAAUCUCGGCAGGAAUCAGCCCCGCCUGUCCACGCUCGUUCUGGAGGCCUUCGAAUCGAGCCAGGAGCUCUCCGAGUUCCACUACGCUCACCCCCAGGCAUUGUUCGCAGCAGUGGAGUUUGAGGGCAUGGCAGCAGACAGUGUUGCCCUGCCUCCAGAUACACGCUUCACCAUCCGCAUCAAUGGUACGCUCUGCCUGCCUUCCCUUAAACGCACGACUGCUUUCCUAUGUACAACCUCCCCCAACCCUCAACCAUUCUUUCUCCCGUCCACCCUCUUCCUCUUUUCCCACACCCUCCCACACCCCCUUCCCGGCCCUCCCUGCUUCUUCCUGCUCUCCUCCCACCCCUCGUUCCGCCUCUCUUCUCAACCCUCCUCCCCUCCCGUUCAGCAAGUUUUGCAUAGAUACUGUUUUUUUAUUCAGCAUCAUCCCUUGGUGGGCACCUGCUGGCAGUCAUGUGGGGGGAGGGGACCGUCCAGAGUGAGCGGGCAAUGGGCAAUCAUCAUAUACGCACCUUCACCAUACGUGCCCUCCCCUCGCCCUCUCUCCCUCUCCCACACUCCCUCCCGCGCAUCCCUCCCGCCCUUGCCCUCCUACGCUCCCCUCCCGCGCUCCCCUUUCGCCCUUGCCCUCCUGCUCUCCCCUCCCGCGCUUCCCCUCCCUCGUGCACGUGCAGGCAGUCAGGUGCCGGGCACAGCCAGUGAGCGCGCCAGCACCAUUCACACGGACCCUCACCAUACGUGUUCAGUACUCCCUCCCUCCCUCCCUCCCUCCCUCCCACCCUCCUCUCCCGCGCUUCCCCUCCCUCGUGCACGUGCAGGCAGUCAGGUGCCGGGCACAGCCAGUGAGCGCGCCAGCACGGACGAGUGUCGCCUGGCAGCAGCAGAGUACAUUCCCACUAUCUGCCGCUCCCAGCAGUACCUCUCCUCAGUGGCCAGCAGCACGGACGAGUGUCGGCUGGCAGCAGCAGAGUACAUCCCCACCGUCUGCCGCUCGCAGCAGUACCUCUCCUCAGGUGACUCUUUCGCUCUUGAUUCCUCAAGUGACUCUUUGACAUUUUUUGAGUCGACUCAAAAGAUAGUGAACGAGUGUCGGCUGGCAGCAGCAGAGUACAUCCCCCCCACCAUCUGCCGCUCCCAACAGUACCUCUCCUCAGGUGACUCUUUCACUCUUGAGUGGAGAUGUGAAUGUGUUGGGGCUGAGAGGAGGGGUGGGUUGGGAAGGGGAGAUAUCCAUUCUCUUUCUCUCUCUUUGCUGACCCCCCCACCCCCCCCUUUCUUUCCGCUCCCCUCCCUCUUUCUCUCCACCCCCCCUCGUCUCCCCCUCCCUCCCUCUCCCCCCUUCCCCUUCUCCCCUUCUUCUCCCCCGCCCCCUACUCCUUUCUCUCCCCGAGCAGGCUUCCUGUCGAUACAGCUGGCGGUGACGUCAGCGCUGAUGGAGACGGCAUGGAAUGGGACGUCAUGUGGCAUGCAGAGCAACCCCAUCACCGUGCAUGAGCAGCACAUGCCCAUCCCGGAACUGCACAAGUCGUUCGCAACAAUGGAGUUCCAGCUGUUCUGCGCCAUCUACAUGGUGCUCUCGCUCAUCCCCAUGCUGCAGGUGGCCAUCACGCAGAUCGUGCAGGAGAAGGAGAGCCUGCUCAAGGACUGUAUGCUGCUGAUGGGGCUGCGAGAGUCCGUGUACUGGCUGGCGUGGCUGCUCACAUAUGCCUUCAUGGCGGCUGUCACCUCUGCCGUCAUUGUAAGCUGCCUUGCCUGCCCCUUUGAUGGCGACUCCUCGCUGACAGUGAAGCUCACGUCGCUCUUCUCAGCCUCCACCUACGUUGCCCUCUUCUGCAUCAUCUUCCCCUACUCCCUCUCCCUCAUCGCCCUCGCCUUCGCCCUCAGCACUCUCUUCACCCAGGUAACGCGCACUCUCAUCUCUCUUCACCUCACCCAACACCUACCCCAGCUCCUAGGUGGGCAAGGCAGCAGCGGCAGCAGCGGGCAGUCUGCUGCUGUGCAGUCUGCUCGUCAUCCCCAUCCAGCUGCUCUCCCUGGGAGCGGCCAUUGUGUACCCGCUGCUGCUGCUCUCCCCCGUGCCCUUCAAGUGGGCAAGGCAGCAGCGGCAGCGGCGGGCAGUCUGCUGCUCUGCAGUCUGCUGGUCAUUCCCAUCCAGCUGCUCUCCCUGGGAGCAGCCAUUGUGUACCCGCUGCUGCUGCUCUCCCCCGUGCCCUUCACCAUCGCCAUCACCACUGUCACCCGUGCCGAGGGCAUGGGGCAGGGCGUGUCCUUGUCCUCCUUCUGGCUUACCCGAGUGGGCGUGAACCCAGGGGAUGACGACAACAUUAUCACCAUCGGUGCCUGCAUCAUCGCCUUCGUUUUCGACACUGCUCUCUACCUCUUCCUCGCAUGGUACCUGGACAACGUGUGGCCGCACCCCCAGCGCGGCCCUAAGAAGCCUGCCGACUUUGUCUUCUCCGCCGCCUACUGGUUCCCUGCACGCCAUGCCCUGCGCUACUCUCAGCUGGAGGAGGAUGGGGGAGGCGACGACAUGGAUCAUGAGGGCGAGGAGUGCAGGUUGGACGUCGGCCAAGACUCCGCCGCUCCCCUGCACUCUUCCACCACCACCGGUGCCGCCACUUCCACCACCGUGCCUCUCACUGCCUCAGCAUCGUCUCACCAUGCUGAGUCUCCCAUCCCCCUCCCAUCUCCCACCCGUCUCCCACCCGUCUCCCACCUGCCUCCCACCGUCCUCUCCCCCCCCCAUGCAGAGUCGCCCAUAGAGGACGUGCGUGGGUUCCGCCCAGCGCUGCUCAUCAACCACCUCGCCAAGUCCUUCCCUGCACGCGGCCUCCUCUCCUCCUCCGCCUCCUUCGCCUCCUCCUUCUUCUCCCGCCGCACGCGCAGACCCUCUGCCCCCGUGCCUGGUGCUGCUGACAGCGCUGCUGCGGCUGAAGGUGCUGCUGCUGCUGCUGCUGGUGGGCGUGGGGACGAGCGCAAGGUGUAUGCACUCCAGGGCCUCUCUCUCACGCUCUACGAGGGGCAGUCCUUUGCAUUCCUGGGGCACAGCGGGUCGGGCAAGUCGACAGUGCUGAGCACGCUGGCAGGGCUGCAGAAGCCCACCGAGGGAGAGGCGUUCCUCUACGGGCUCAGCCUCACCAAGGGCGACUCGUACAUUCACUCGCUGGUGGGGCACUGCCCACAGAGAAACAUCCACGUGGCAGUACUCACAGUCAAGGAGCAGCUGACCUUCUUUGCAGAGAUAAAGGGCGACCUAGACCGAUUGAGCGCUGCAGAAACCGAAGAAGGCGCAGGGGAGGACGGGGAAGGCGGGGAGGCGGACCAGCAAGGGGGGGGAAGGGGCGGGUGGAGGCUGGGGGCGUGGCGGCUGGGGAGGGAGAAGGUGCGGCAAGCAGUGGGCGAGUUGAUGUUUGAGAUGGGGCUGCAGGGGUGGGCGGACAGGCCUGCCUUUGAGCUCUCACCCUCGCAGCAGCGCAAGCUCAGCCUUAGCAUCGCGCUCAUUGGAGAGCCUCAGGUGGGGAGAGAGGUGGGGAGUGGUGGGCGAGAGGUUGAGAGAGGUGGGAGGGUGAAUGGGAGAGGUGGGUGGGGUGGGGUGUUGCUGUUGGAUGAGCCGACAAAGGGCAUGGACCCCUCCUCCAAGAAACAGGUGUGGGAUGUGCUGCAGAGGCGCAAGGCGGGGCGGGUGGUGGUGUUCACGACGCACAGCAUGGAGGAGGCGGACCUAGCAGCGGACCGCAAGGCCAUCCUCUCGCACGGCCGCCUCAAGUGCUGCGGCUCCUCGCUCUUCCUGCGCAACCGCUUCGGCCUGUCAUACCUGCUGCACAUCACCAAGGGAGCGGUGUUCAAGGGGUCCAAGGUGGUGCAGCUGGUGCAGUCGCACGUGCCCGAUGCGGUGCUGGUGCCAUCUGCAGGCCUGCAUCAGAUAGACUAUGUCUCCUACUCGCUGCCCUUCCAUGCCGCCUCGCACAUCCCCGCGCUCCUGCUCGACCUCUCCACCCAAGCGGUGGAGCUAGGGGUGGAGGACGCAGCAAUGGAAGCCACAACCCUAGAGGAGGUGUUCCUCAAGUUCCAGGACGAGGAUGAAGAAGCAGCAGGGGCCAUCCUCGCCCCUCCCACAGCCGACGGCUCUGCUCUAGAGCUCGUCCUGGGCAUGGGCGGCGCCUCAGGUGCUUUGCCAGAGGAGGAAGAGGGGCAGUCUCUGUUGGAUUCUCCUGGGAGUGGCGGCCGCGUGCUUUCAGAUAGUGCGGCUGCUGGUGCUGCUGGUGGUGGUGGUGCGGGGGGUGGUGGUGGGGUUUUGUCGGGAGCAGCACGGGGUGGGAGAGGUGGGGGUGGUGCGGGGAGUGGGGGGGAUGGCAGUGGGGGGGGGAGCACGGUGGGGAGUGCGGUGGGGGGAGCGGCGGGGUUGGUGAGUGAGGGGGCGGCACGGGACAAGCCGUUGGCGGUGUUUCGGAGGCAGGUGAAGGGCGUGUGCUUUCUCAGGGCCGCUAGCUACUGGCGCAACACAGGCAACACGCUCAGCACCUUCGGCCUGCCUGUGAUUUUCGCGGUAGCAGCGCUGCUCAUCCAGCUCUUCGGCUCGUCAGUCACAUCACCUUCGCUCCUCCUAGCAGACCCGCAGCUAGCUCGGGACAGCGCGUACCCGCUCAUCUACAGCGCCACCUCGCCCUCCUCCGCCAUCGCGGCCAAGCAGCUGUUAGACGAGCUGGGGGACAACCACGCGCAGCUGGGGUCGGAGCAGGCCGUGCUCGAGCGCUUCCAGACGGACGUGGCGAAUGCGGAGCGCAACGGGGUGGGGAGCAAGGCUGUGGGCGUGCUGUUCCAAGGCGUUGACAUGGGACAGUGUGGGUACAGCUUCACGCUGCUGUACCAGCCGUGGCGCAUCCACCAGGUGCCAGCAGUAAUCGCCACCCUCAACAACGCGUUCCUCAAGCUCGUGGCAGCGCAGCACGACAUCCAGUCCUCCCCGCAGAGCAUUACAGUGGAGAGCUACCCGCUGCACUUCACCUCGCCCGACUUUGUCUUCGCGUACAUUGUCGCUGCUGUUGUGGCCAUUGGGCUGCUCAUGGUGCCACCCAUACUCUCCGCUCAGAUGGUAGCGGAGAUGGAGUAUGGGCUGCGCACCAUGCUCAAGGUGUGUGGGCUGCGCGGCUUUGCGCUGUGGCUGGGCACAGCAGCAGUGGACUGCCUCGCCAUGUGGCUCUGCGCGCUGCUCAUCACCGCCAUCGGCCUCGCCUUCCAGUCUUCCCCCUUCACGGUGCCCGCGCUGCCAGCACUCUUCGUGGUAUUCGCCAUCACCAUCCCCGCGCUCGUCCUCCUCUCCUACCUCCUCUCCUUCUCCUUCGACUCAGCCCAGCUCGCAGCCGCCACGCUCUCCCUCCUCUUCCUCCUCCUCGCAGUCAUCCCCUUUGUCUUCAUGCUCCGCGUCUCCCCCGCCUCCUUCACCAUCCCACACGGCUUCCUCUCCCUCCUCUCCCCACCCUAUGCACUCAUCUCCUCACUCCAUUUCAUCGCAGCAGCGUACGCGCACGAGCCUCUAACCUCCUCCCCUCUCGACAUCUACUCUCUUUCUGCCACGGAUUACUAUUCCCUCCACUACCCGGCCUACCCCGUGCAAGUAUCCAUGUCAGCAGUUCUCAUCUCCCUCUGUCUCAUGGCAAUUCGCCUGAGCCAGCUGCACAAGGAUUGGGAGGACCAGGACGAUGAGGGAGCGGGGGAUCUAGCAGCUAUGAUGGGUCCGGGAUAUGAUGAGGAGGAGGGAGAUGGGGAUGUGGCGCGGGAGAAGGAGCGGGUGCAGGAGAGUGCGGCCAAGUGGGAUUUCGUGCAGAGCGGUGGCGAGGAGGGUGACCUGGUGCUGUGCAGCAGCGUGGGCAAGAACUUUGGAGCGUCAUCGGGGGUAUGCGGCAUAGGCAAGGACCCGGGAGUGUGGGCUGUGUCGAACCUCUGGCUGGGAGUUCCUCGAGGCCAGGUGGUGGUGCUGGUGGGCGGGGAGAAGGCGGGGAAGACGACGCUGCUGCAGUGUCUGGCGGGGGCGAGCUGUCUGUCGUACGGCAACGCGCUCAUCACAGGGCAGAGCGUGCGCUUCACCAACCUCAACGACCCCUCCAUCAUCGGCUACUGCCCCCAGGCUGACUGUCUGGCGGGGGCGAGCUGUCUGUCGUACGGCAACGCGCUCAUCACAGGGCAGAGCGUGCGCUUCACCAACCUCAACGACCCCUCCAUCAUCGGCUACUGCCCCCAGGCUCACGCUGACGUGAGCGAGCACUCACAUUUUUGCUGGGGACUGGCAUGGGGGAUAGGCACAGGGGCAGAGGCAGGGGCAGGGACCGGUUAUUGCUCUUCUGCCCUCCCACUACCCUUUCCCCUCCCCCAUUCCUUCGUCCAUCACCUCCCUCUGUCCGUUUUGCUCUCUCCCACACUCUCCCCCACCUUCUCCUCCCAACCUCUUCCCCCUCGUUCCCCUGUUUACCCCCUUUUUUCUUCGCUCCCCACUUCCCCCCCUCUUUCCCCAUUCUUUCCCCCCUCUCUCCCCACUCGCCCAGCAUCGGAGGCAGCGCAGCGCAUAGACACGUGUAGAGCGGGGCUGCUGCGGCGAGUGGCAGUGGCGGCAGCGCUCUUGGGAGACCCUGCUGUGCUGCUUCUGGACGAGCCCUCGCAAGCCAUGGACAUUGCGAGUCGGCGCCUGCUGUGGCGCCGCAUUCUCACUGAUGCACCGCACCGCGCCACCCUCAUUGCCACCCACUCUGUUGAAGAGGCUGAGGCCCUCGGCGAUCCUUCUUUCCUCCCCUCCUCUUUCCUCCCCUCCUCUUUCCUGCCCUCCUCUUUCCUCCCCUCCUCUUUCCUCCCCUCCUCUUUCCUCCCCUCCUUCUUUCCUCCCCUCCUUCUUUCCUCCCCUCCUUCUUUCCUUCCCUCCUCUUUCCUCCCCUCCUUCUUUCCUCCCCUCCUCUUUCCUCCCCUCCUUCUUUCCUCCCCUCCUCUUUCCUCCCCUCCUCUUUCCUCCCCUCCUCUUUCCUCCCCUCCUCUUUCCUCCCCUCCUCUCUCCUCCCCUCCUCUUUCCUCCCCUCCUCUCUCCUCCCAUCACCUGCCCCUCCCACCUCCUCCUCCUUUCCCUUUCUUCCACCUGCCACUCCCUCUCCCUCUCUUUUUGCCCUCACUCUCCACUUUCCCGUUCCCCCUCCCCUGCUCUCCCUGCUCCCAUGUUGGCAUCUCGCUCAAGUGCCUGCUCUCCUCAAUUCGUGACUUGACUCAAUACUCGCCUUCUCCCUCCACCACCCCCCCCACCCCUUGUCCCCUCCCCCAUUCUCCCAGGGCCCGUGUGGGCAUCUUAGUGCGCGGCCAGCUCAAGUGCCUGCUCUCCUCAAUUCGUGACUUGACUCAAUACUCGCCUUCUCCCUCCACCACCCCCCCCACCCCUUGUCCCCUCCCCCAUUCUCCCAGGGCCCGUGUGGGCAUCUUAGUGCGCGGCCAGCUCAAGUGCCUGGGAUCCCCACAGGCCCUCAAGGCCCGCUACGGCUCUGCAUACACGCUCCUUCUCUCCGCCCACCCGCGCCGCCUGCCUGCCAUCCGCGUCUUCCUCUCCUCCAUCGCCCCGGCUUACUCCGAGCACUACGACGACGACGCUGCUCCUCUGCCUGUCACCUCCGACCGCUCCGACCGUGCCCCUCACGCUGCGGAUUACCUGCACCCGGACGCUCCUGCACUCAUGCCUGCCGCUGCUACGGGUAGUGGUGGUGGUGCUGGUCCUGAGGUUGGGAAUCUGCUGGGAGUGGAGGAAGAUGAUGUGGCAUUGCAAGGGGGCCAGGAGGAGCAACAUCAAAAGCAGCAGCAGCUUCUGAUGGCGUCCCCGUCAGCACCUGCCGCCACUUCAUCAUCAGCAGCACCAGGAGCAGCAGCAUCAGGUGUGAGUGCAGAGCAGCUAAUUGUUGAGCUGAGUGAUCUAUCUCGCCACAACAGCGACCCCAGACCCGUGAAGUUCCUGGUACCUGUAGAUGACCUGAGGGGGCUGGCGCGCGUGUGGAGCGAGCUGGAGACGCACAGGGAGCAGCUGGGCAUAGAGGGGUUCAGCAUGAGCCAGCCCACACUGCAACAGGUGUUCCAUCGCCUCACCAGAGUUGCUCGCGACGAGGCCCCCCGCCCCGUCGUGUGA